AUGAACGGUGACGCGGUCGGCGACGCGACCAUGAACGGCGAGCCGAAGACUCGCGCGAAGAAGAAGAAGUCCAAAGAGGCCAUCGACGAGGUCGUCGCGCGGGAGAAGCGGAAGAAGAAGCCCCUGUCGCUCGCGCAGAUGGAGGCCGCGGCCGCGCGGGAGAAGCGCGAGGCGGAGCUGGCGAAGAAGGCCGAGGAGAAGAAGGCCGAGGACGAGCGCAAGGCCGCCGCGGAGGCCGCGGCGAAGCAGGAGGCCGACGCGGCCGCCGCCGCGGCGGCGAAGAAGAACGGGGCGGCGCCGCCCGCGCCCGCGGCGGAGCCGCCCGCGCCCGCGGCCAAGUCGCCGCCGCCGUCGCCGUCGAAGCCCGGGUCGGGCAAGGCCGGCGUCUACACGGCGCCGUCGAAGCGCGCCGGCGCGACGCCGAGCGCGGCGCCGCCGCCGCGGGGCCCCGGCGCGCCGCCGCCCGCGCCGUCGGGCUCGUACGCGGCGGCGUCGUCCGGCCCGCGGCCGGCGAGCGAGUCCGCGGCGUCCUUCGGCGCGUCGCUGGCCACGGCGCGGUCCGGCGCGCCGCCGCCGCCGAGCGGGCCGAGCCUCACCGUGCUCCGGCGGCCCGACGCGGCCGCGGCAUCGGCGGCGAGCUCCGGCGGCGCGGCGAGCUCGGGCGAGAACGCGUGGGAGAGCGGGCCCUGGAGACGACGGACGUCGCCGCCGGGCAAGGCGCCCAAGACCUGGGCGAGCGCCGUGAGCGGCCUCGCGGCGCCCCCGGGCGCCGCGGCCGCGGCCGGCGCCGGCGCCGCCGACGGGUCGCUCGACCCGCUGCCCGGCGCGCCGAGCCCCGCGGCGUCGUCGUCGCCGCCGGCGGCGCGGUCCAACCCGGCGCCGAGCUCCUGGGCCGCCGCCGCGCGCGCGGGCCUGCCCGCGGCGCCCGCGGCGGAGCCCGCGGCGCCGCCGCCGCCGGCGCCCGCGGGCAACGCGUGGGCGUCGGGCCAGCCCAAGGGCGCCCUCGCUUUAGCCCGGGGCUUCGCGGCGAUCCGCGAGUCGAGCGAGGCCGAGGCGCGCGCGGAGAAGGUGCCGUCCGUCGCGUCGGACGUGUCCGCGGAGGCGUCGACGGCCGAGACGCCCAUGGCCAAGGACGAGUCCGACUCCAUCGACGACCACGGGAGCCCCGGCGGCGCCGCGCCGGCGCCCGCCGUCGCCGAGGCGCCGAAGAAGCCCGCCUGGGGCGGCCGGCUGCCGCCGAGCCUCCGCCUCGAGCCGGCCGACGACGGCGGCGGCGCCGCGGCCGCGGAGCGCGCGCCCGCGGACGCGCCGCCGGCGCCCGAGCCCGAGGCGGCCAAGCCCGCCGAGGAGCCUCCGGCGCCGCCGCCGGCGAAGCAGGAGCGCGCGAAGAAGGGCGACGGGCGCCGGCCGCGGGGCCAGAGCCACCGCGUCGCCGCGAUGUACCAGACGCCCGCGGGCCCCUACGGCCAGCAGUACUUCUACGGCAACCCGCCGGAGGACGACCCCCACCGGCGGUCCCGCGAGGAGGCCGAGGGCGCCGCCUACCAGGCGCGCCGCGACUCCGUGUCGCUCGAGAUGGAGGUCGAGCGGCGCCGCCGCAUGGACGAAGCGGGCGCGCUCGACGCGGACGCGACGGCGGAGCGCGUCGCGCGGCGCGCCUGGGCCGCGGCCCAGCUCGAGAGCGAGUACGAGCGGCGCCAGCGGGAGCACGCGCGGCGCGUCGUCGAGCACGAGACGCGCGUGCGGGCCAUGCGAAGCCGUUUGGCGUACGACGCGAACGACUUCGUCGCGUCGCUGGAGCGGGCCAUGGCGCCCCAGCGCCGCGCGCGCACGGCCGUGCUCGACGAGGUGUCCCAGGUCGUCCGGUCCAUCUGGUCCCACGCGGAGUGCUCGCUCUACGGGUCGUGCCUGACGGGGCUCGACCUGCCGUCGUCGGACGUCGACGUCGUCGUCCGCGGCCUCAACUGCGACCCGACGCCGAACCCGCCGGGCGCGGCGCCGCGGCGCGCCGACGCGACGCCGCCCGCGUCGCCCGCGUCCGCGCCGGACUCGGCCGAGCGGCGGCCGUCGAGCCCCCGGACGCCGCCGGGCGACCGCGGCAACGGCGCGCGGCGCCAGGCGACGCCGCCCAAGGCCGCCGCGCCGCGGUUGCCGCGCAUCGACAGCGGCGAGGCCGUCGGCGCGGCGCCGUCGCCCGCGCCCGCGCCCGCGCCGUCGCCCGCGCCCGAGGACGCGCCGAGGCGGCCCGACAGCCCCGCGCGGCUGCCGCCGGCGAGCCCCGCGCCGCCGAGCCCCGCGUCGAGCGACACGCAGCCGCGGACGCGCAAGAGCAAGAACCGCAAGCGCAAGGGCGGCAAGUCCUCCGGCGGCGGCCGCGACGGCGAGGGCGACGACGACCGCGGCGUCGGCGGCCACAAGCCCAACUACGUCGGCCAGCAGUUCCUGCCGCCGGCCCAGUGCUACGGCCAGUUCCCCGUCUACAUGCGCGCGCCGACGCCGCCGACGGGGCCCAACCCGGGCGUCGUGCUCAGCGUGAAGACGCUCGCGGCGGCUUUAGCCGACCUGCCCUGGGUCCGCGAGCUCAAGGCCAUCGAGACGGCGAACAUCCCGGUCAUCAAGCUGCUGGCGGACCCGUCGGUCCUCGGCUGCCCCCUGCCGGAGUUCAAGCGGAAUCGACGGCGCGCGUGCUCGGAGGACGCGGCGCAAGCCCUCGCGGAGACGGCGAGCCCCUGCGGCGACCUGCCGCUGCCGGACACGCGGCGCCGGCCCCAGGCCGUGGCCGGCGACGCGGCCGCCGCCGACGACGCGAGCGACCCGGAGAAGAGCGAGGCCGAGACGGUGGACGCGGGCCCCGGCGAGGCCGCGCCGACGUGGUGCGGCGCCGUCGGCCGCUGCGACGCGGGCCUGCUCGCCGUGGACAUCUCCUUCGAGGCGCCGGACCACGGCGGCCUCGCGAGCUCGCGCUACGCGCUGGAGGCCAUGUCGCGCUGGCCCGAGCUCGCGCCGCUCAUGCUCGUGCUCAAGGAGCUCCUCGUGCAGCGGGGCUUGAACGAGCCGUUCACGGGCGGGUUGUCGUCCUACUCGCUGCUGCUCCUCGUGAUGACGGCGCUGCUCCAGGCGGGCGUCGAGCCGCUCGAGGACCCCCUGCCGGAGCCCCGGCACAUGACGCCCCUCGAGGACCGGCCCGAGGCCGAGGCGCCGGAGGAGCCGCCGAAGCCGGCGAAGCCGCCGACGUCCGUGCGCGAGGCGUGGGCGCGGCUCCGCGACGACCCGCGGCGCGCCAAGGCGCCCCUGCGCGACGGCGGGUCCGCCGCCGGCGGCCGGCGGCGGCCGUCGCUGGCGUCGAGGAUACGCGGCGGCGACGCGCUGCUCUGGAACGGCGCGGAGUCGCGCGCGGCCUUCGACAAGGACGACGACGCGUUGGGCUACCUGCUCACGUUCUUCCUCGAGUUCUUCGGCCGCCACUUCGACCCCCAGCGCCACGCCGUGUCCGUGCUCCGCGGCGACGCGGGCAUCAUCGCCAUGGCCGGGCCGGGCUACGCGGACGCGAACCAGUGGGUCGCGCCGCUCAUCGAGGACCCGCUCGAGUGCUCGCGGAACGUCGCGCGGUCCUGCUUCGCCAUCGCGCAGAUCCAGAACGUCUUCGCCCACUGCCUCUGCAUCCUCGAGAGCAAGGGCGCCGCCGCGGCGCUCCGCGACGACAGCUGCAACAUCCUCUCCCUCGUCCUCUCCUACUAG